AUGGUACCUGCUAUUGAUGGUUGUAUUGGAUUAGUUUUGGCAUCAAAUAAUGGAACGUAUUCAGCGAUGGAGCCUCCUGAUGCUAAGGCUGAUUUGGUAGAAAAAGAUGCUACCGGUAGAUAUGUCCGGUCUGAUGAGGUGUUAGGCAAAGGUGCUUUCAAGACUGUUUACAGGGCAUUUGAUGAAUUGGAUGGAAUAGAAGUUGCCUGGAACCAAGUGAGGAUUGAUGAUGUCUUGCGGUCACCGGAAGAUUUAGAAAAAUUAUAUUCUGAAGUUUAUCUGCUAAGGUCAUUAAAUCAUGAAAACAUCAUCAAGUUCUCCAAUUCUUGGGUGGAUGAUGAGGACAAAACAAUUAACAUGAUUACUGAACUCUUCACAUCUGGGAAUCUGAGACAAUAUCGGAAGAAGCACAGACAUGUUGAUAUGAAAGCAAUAAAGAAUUGGGCGAGGCAAAUUCUCCAAGGUUUAGCCUAUCUCCACGGUCAUAACCCCCCUAUCAUUCACAGGGAUUUAAAAUGUGACAAUAUAUUUGUUAAUGGAAAUCAUGGAGAAGUUAAAAUUGGAGACCUUGGAUUGGCCAUUGUUAUGCAGCAGCCUACUGCAAAAAGCGUUAUUGGGACUCCUGAAUUUAUGGCUCCAGAACUAUAUGAAGAGGAAUAUAAUGAACUUGUCGACAUAUAUUCUUUUGGGAUGUGCAUGUUAGAAAUGGUUACUUGUGAUUAUCCAUACAGUGAAUGCAAAAAUGCAGCUCAAAUUUAUAAGAAGGUUACCUCUGGUAUUAAACCUGCUUCCCUCAAUUCAGUGGGUGAUACACACAUUAAAGAGUUUAUUGAGAAAUGUCUUCUUCCAGCAUCUGAGCGAUUGUCUGCCAAGGAGCUACUCAAACAUCCAUUUCUACAGCUUGAGAAUCCAAUAUUGGAAGCCAUCCGUGAUCCCUUACAGUUACCUAACCAGUUUUCUAGAUCAAUAAGUUUACUGAAGUCUGGGCCUCGAUCAAUGGACAUGGAUAUCGACGAUAAGCAGCUUUCUGAAAGUACAUGUACAGGAAGCAACAAUGAAAGUCCAAAAUCUCCAGUUUUGGAAUAUCAGAUAGCUCAUAAGAACAACGAAUUUGGGUUAAAAGGGAUGAAAUAUGAUGAUAACUCCGUGUCAUUGACCUUAAGAAUCUCUGACUUGGGUGGUCGAGUCAGGAAUAUUCAUUUUAUCUUCUACCUUGACAGUGAUACUGCAAUAUCUGUGGCAAGUGAGAUGGUUGAACAACUAGAAUUGGCCGAUCAUGAUGUUGCCUUCAUAGCUGAGCUUAUUGAUUCCUUGAUUAUGAAACUUCUCCCUGAUUGGAAGCCAUCGUCUAAUUAUUCCUCAAAUGUUGCAAUAAGUCCUUGCACUGAGUCCCCAGUGCUUGAAAAUGGAGAAAGCUUGCUUGCAUACCCUUGGGAUUCAAUGUUGACUGGUGUUCCUGUUGAAACACUGGCUGAGCAAUAUGAUCUCUCUGGGUUAACAACAAGUCCUUCGAGAGGAGAGGAGUGCAUACAAGCUGAUGAAAGUAAUAUCAGUGACAACCUCAGCAAUGAGAUUUCUAAAUUUGAUUGCAAUUCCUCUCCAAGUUUAGCUGACAUGGAAGAUCAAGAUUCUCAGUCAUCAGUUGGUUCAAAGAUACUUGUUCAAGGCGCUUCAUCUAAAAACAAUGGAACGUCUGAAUUCCCUGAUUACAAUACUGAUGGAAGCUUCAAUGUUAUGAGUUUGACAAGCAGCUGUUCUUCUCUAUAUUUAGCUGACAAAGAUGGAUAUGUUGAUCUAAAGCUGGAACUUGAUGCAAUAGAGGCACAGUACCAGAAUUGGUUUGUAGAACUUACUAGGAUGAAAGAGGAGGCAUUGGAGGCUACCAGAAAGAGAUGGACGGAAAAGAAGAAGUUGGCUGUUCAUUGA